UCUCCGUUCGUCCCUCCCACGUCCCUUUGAGCCCUCCCACAUUCCGCCUUCUCCUUCCAUUCCUCCCUGGCCAGUUCCCUCCUCUUCUCCUUUUGGUCCUCCCCUCCCCCGUGGAGCUGGCCGCGGCCGCUCCACCUCCCCCCACCCCCACCGCCGACCCUCCCCCAGCCUGCUCAAUGAAGCUUUCUUUUCCCGCGGGUUGGAGGCCGGGCAGCUGCGGUCAGGGAGCUGGACACGCAAGAGGCCACGGGGCCGCGGACCAGCCCGGGCGGCGGCCCCUGAGGCGGCGGGAGGCCGCGGCUCAGCUCCCGGCUCCGGGAAGACUUCCAGUCCCCAGCCCCCAGCCCCCAACCCUUCCCCCAUGUCCCGGGCUCCGCGGAGUGUAAACAGCCAGACCCCUGCCGGGCUAGGGGCGGGUCCGGUCAGGGGACCUGAAGCGUUGAAGGGCCGCAGAGCCCCUCCGGUGCCCCACGGUGCCCACUAGCAUUUUUCGGGGUGACGUCACGGCCUUCACUCUGAUGUCACGUUGAGCAUAUGACGUCCUACACAGCCCGUAAGCCCAGGCGCCAGACCCCUAUGGCCGAAACCUCGAGGUUUCUCCUGGUGGAGCCAUUUGUGCGCGUCCCAGGGCUGUGGCAGGGGUCUGAAGGUGGUGAACCGUCCAACUAUCUGGGGUCCCCCUCCCUUUUUCUUUUGCGGCUCUCCUUGCUCCUCCUUCGCCGUCCGCGGAGGCCGGGGGAGGGGCGGGACCGCCUCCGGUGGCGCGGUCCCGCCCCUAGCCCGCAGGGCCAGGAAGCGCGGAAGGAAGCGCCGGGGGCCAUGGACGGAGCUGUGAUGGAAGGGCCGCUCUUUUUGCAAAGUCAGCGUUUCGGUACCAAGAGGUGGAGGAAGACCUGGGCGGUACUCUAUCCUGCCAGUCCCCACGGCGUAGCGCGGCUCGAGUUCUUUGACCACAAGGGGUCGAGCUCCGGAGGGGGCCGAGGGGGCUCGCGCCGCUUGGACUGCAAGGUGAUCCGUCUGGCGGAGUGUGUGAGCGUGGUCCCCGUGGCUGUGGAGAGCCCCCCAGAGCCUGGCGCCGCAGCUUUCCGCCUGGACACCGCGCAGCGCUCCCACCUGUUGGCGGCGGACGCGACGUCCAGCGCCGCCUGGGUGCAAACACUGUGCCGAAAUGCCUUUCCGAAAGGAAGCUGGGCUCUGGCGUCUGCGGAGAACCCACCCAAGCUUUCUGCCCUGGAGAUGCUGGAGAACUCGCUGUAUAGCCCCACCUGGGAAGGAUCCCAGUUCUGGCUAACAGUGCAGAGGACCGAAGCCGCUGAGCGCUGUGGCCUGCAUGGCUCCUAUGUGCUGAGGGUGGAGGCUGAGAGGCUGACUCUCCUGACCGUAGGGGCCCAGAGUCAGAUACUGGAGCCACUCCUUUUCUGGCCUUACACUCUGUUGCGCCGCUAUGGCCGGGACAAGGUCAUGUUCUCUUUUGAGGCUGGUCGCCGCUGCCCUUCAGGCCCUGGAACCUUCACCUUCCAGACGGCACAGGGGAAUGACAUCUUUCAGGCGGUUGAGACUGCUAUUCACCGGCAGAAGAUCCAGGGAAAGGAUGGUCAAGGGCAGGAUAGUCUCAAAGCCGAUUCCCAGGAAGGAGAAGUGGCAGAGGGGAAGUUGGCAUCCCUGCCUGGCCCUCAGGAGCUCCUGGGCAGCCCUCCCACCCUGUAUGCUGAACCCUUAGACUCCUUGCGCAUUCCUCCAGGCCCUUCCCAGGAUUCCCUAUAUUCAGACCCCCAGGACAGCACCCCUGCUCGGGCAGGGGAGGGAGUACAGUUCAAGAAACCUCUUUAUUGCGGCUUGUACGAGCAUGUGCAGCAGCAGUUGCUGAAGGCCAAGCUGACGGACCCCAAAGAGGACCCCAUCUAUGAUGAACCUGAGGGCCUGGCCCCAGCUGCUCUCCGGGGCCUUUACGACCUGCCUCAGGAGCCCAAGGAUGCCUGGUGGUGCCAGGCUCGGGUGAAGGAGGAGGGCUAUGAGCUCCCCUACAACCCUGCCACUGAUGAUUAUGCUGUGCCACCUCCUCGGAGCACAAAGCCCCUUCCAGCUCCCAAGCCCCGGGGCUUGGCUUUCCGUGAACCCAGAGCUGCAACUGGUGGUGGCAGCAAAGGCCACAGCUCAGACACUGCCCUGUACAGCCAGGUCCAGAAGAGCAGUGCCUCAGGGAGCUGGGACUGUGAGCUGUCUAGAGCAGGGGCUGAUAGGACCGGGGUCAAGUCUGAGGGCUCCACAUGAGAGGUAGGGCAAGGCUGGGGUUGCUGAUAGGGCCACCACGGGGAGGUGGUACCGGGAUCAAAGGAAUCUAUUAGAACCUGCAGGAACCAGAGGGCUGGAGAAUCCUGUGUAAGCCAGCCCAGGGGGCCUGGGGGGGAUCAGGGGAGUCAAGGGAAGGAUGAUCAAUCUCAAGAAGUCCUGGAAGUGGGACAGAUGGCAGGGGUGAGGGAUGGGACCUGGGAGAGACCAGCACCCCCAAGUCAUCCUCCCCAAAGGAAUGGACAGCUGCCAGACCAGGUCUAUGAAAAGGGGUGCUUGGUUUGAGUUGGUGCAGUUUGAGGGGCCUGCAUGGAGGGUCUAGGGUGAUGCUGGACUGUGCCUGGAUCCUCACCCCUGCAUUGUUCUUUGCCAGAGACCUAGAUUUUAAGAAGUUUAUUCUCAUUAAAGUCAGCUUGGGUUUAA